CGGGCCCGGCCGGCCGAGGGCGGCGGCGGCGGUCGGAGAUGGUGAUCUGCUGCGCCGCCGCCAACUGCUCUAACCGGCAGGGCAAGGCGCGCCACGGCGCCGUCUCCUUCCACAGAUUCCCUCUGAAGGAUUCGAAGCGCUUGAUUCAGUGGCUGAAAGCUGUUCAGAGAGACAACUGGACUCCCACCAAGUAUUCCUUUCUCUGCAGCGAGCACUUCACCAAAGACAGUUUCUUCAAGCGGCUGGAAGACCAUCACCGCUUGCUGAAGCCCACUGCUGUCCCCACCAUCUUCCAGCUGGUGGAGAAGAAGCACGGCAAGCUGGAUUAUGUCAGGAGCAGAAGGAAAAUAGCCAGGCAGGUGCUGGUGAAGGAUGGGGAGGCCCCGCAGGAGGGAGGCGGUGAGGUAGCACACAGGUCUCCAUCUUCUGGCCAGGACUUCAUGGUGAUGCAAGGGACGAAAGAGAUGGAGGAGGCCACUCUGAAAGAGGAAAUAGGAUCCGUGCCCAAGGAGGAGCAGGCCCUCCACAGCCAGCUGGAGGGCCCUCGGAGAAGGACGUUAGGGGAUCAUUUGGGCACCAAGGCCGGGGUGCAGGUGAAGCCCGAGAGGUCUCCUGGCAAGGACUGUGCCAGGGGCAGCUGGGCAGGGAGCUGGGUGGCAGACAGGAGCGGCGUGUCCGUGGACGAUUUCACCCCUCCGGCCUCCGGUGCCUGCAAGUUCAUCGGCUCCCUGCACUCGUACAGCUUUUCCUCCAAGCACGCCAGGGAGAGGCCGUCUCUCCCCAAGGAGCAGCUAGAAAGGAAAAGGCCAAAGAGAGACGUGGAGCCCAGCUGCAGCAGCCAACCCUUGGGGCACGACAAGGCCGUCACUGAAGCGUCCCCAACAUCAUCCCUCACGGCCACCCCCCAGAAACCCUCGCAGGGUCUGUCGGCGUCCCCGGCCGACCUGACCCCCCGUCCCGCCGCCGAGGCCGUGCUGGGGCGCAAGGGGGACACGGACGCCAACCCCAUGUCCAUCAACGAGGUGAUCAUGUCGGCCUCGGGCGCCUGCAAGCUCAUCGACUCCCUGCACUCGUACUGCUUCUCCUCGCGGCAGAGCAAGAGCCAGGUGUGCUGCCUGCGCGAGCAGGUGGAGAAGAAGAACGGCGAGCUGAAGCUGCUGAGGCAGAGGAUCAGCCGCUCUGACAGCCAAGUCAGGAAGCUCAAGGAGAAGCUCAAUGAGAUGAAGCGCAACACUUUCCCUUACUUGAACAGCCUGAUAUCCCAGGACUGUGAGACUCCCCAGCUGAACCCUGUGAUGGAACCCCUGUCCUGGAUGCUGGGCACCUGGCUCUCAGACCCACCAGGAGAUGGCACCUUCCCUACAAUGAAGCCCUUCCAGUACCUGGAGGAAGUGCACAUCUCUCACGUGGGACAGCCCAUGCUCAACUUCUCGUUCAACGCCUUCCACCCGGACACCAGGAAGCCCAUGCACCGGGAGUGCGGCUUCAUCCGCCUCAAACCCGACACUAACAAGGUGGCCUUCAUCAGUGCCCAGAACACAGGUCUGGUGGAGGUGGAGGAAGGGGAGGUGAAUGGACAAGAGCUGUCUAUAGCUUCUCACUCCAUAGCCAGGAUCUCCUUUGCCAAGAAGCCCCAUGUAGAGCAGAUUACCAGAAAAUUCAGGCUCAAUUCCGAUGGGAAACUCGAACAAACUGUCUCAAUGGCAACCACUACGCAGCCCAUGACUCAGCACUUACACAUCACCUACAAGAAGGUGACACCCUGACACCAGGAGUGCUGGGUCACCUCCCUGAGGGCAAGGAGCAAGGACAUCAUGCACCAAGAGCAGCAGCAGCUCAGGAGCACAGCAUGGCAGACCCCAGAGCUGGCUGCCUGUGCUCAUCCCUUGGGCCCCAGAGCUGCCUGUCCUGAGAAUGUUACUCAGAUGUUUCUGUAAUGGUAUAUAAAAAAACAAAUAAAA